AUGGGCGACUCCAAGGAAGAGAGGGAGAAACAUCUGUGCUCCCUGGGGUGUCAGGACUGCCAUCGGUCCAUCACAAUCCUGCAGCUCAUCUCCCUGGUGCUCCUGGCUGCUCUCCUCGUGGCUGUCCUUGUCAAAGGCUCUGACGUUCCUACCUCCCAGGAGCAGCAGCAGGAGCAGGUAAAGCAACGCAUCCACCAGGAACUGGACCAACUGAAGGAUGGACUAGAUCGCCUGUGCCGCCCCUGUGCCUGGGACUGGACUCUCUUCCAAGGAAACUGUUACUUCUUCUCCACGUUCCAACAGAACUGGAAGGAAUCUGUCACCGCCUGCAGAGAAGUGGGGGCCCAACUUGUUGUCAUCAAGAGUCAUGAGGAGCAGAGCUUCCUGCAGCAGACCUCUCAGAGGACAGGCAAUGCCUGGAUGGGGCUGUCGGACAUAAAACAGGAAGGCAAAUGGAUGUGGUUGGACGAUACACCACUGAAAUGGAGCCAAUAUUGGUCUCAAGGGGAGCCCAACAAUGUUCAUGAUGAAGACUGUGCAGACCUUUCAGAAAAUGGAUGGAGUGAUAAUUCAUGUUCCUUAGAGAAAUUCUGGAUCUGCAAGAAGGCUGCAUCUCCCUGCUCUAGGUGAAAUCUGCCCAUCUCCAUGCCCAUUGUUUGUCCAACCUAUUCAUCUCUUAUUCAAACUUGAAGAACACUCAUUUCAGUUCCUUCUGCCUUUCUGUGGAUACUGGACUCCCAACAAUAGAUCAGGACUCUACUUUUCCACAUACCUUGUCCCUAAGGACUUGGGCCACUGCUCUGCCCUCUCCUGUGCCUACAAUUUCUAUGGUUGAGACUAUGUUUCUGACCCAUA